CUGGUAUGAGGGUCAGUUCAAACUCAAGAGUCCGAUUGAGUGUCCCAAAUCGCUGCUUUUGCUAUGAGCUUCCUACUCUUACCUGUGUGCAGCGUGCUGAUACCUCGUCAAUGUUGAAUGACAGUGCAUCGCGUCAUCAACCCCGCUUCCAAAUGGUUGCAUUCUCCGGACGCACGGAAGUACAAUAGCGCAUUGUCCGAAGCGUACCAAUCUUUGUUCUAGUACCAUACAAAGCCAGGCAAGAUGCAUACGGUGGGUGGCAUCGUGGAUGCUCUAUAAAAUCCGCCUGCCGGUGUGCCCUUUGACCUGACCUGACCAACACGUUCCCAGCGCCACUGACCAAUGACAUCCACCGUCGCGUCUUUCUCUCUCUCCACUGAGUUGGAAGACUGGCUGAGCCCACCGGCCACCGCAUCCUCGAAGGAGGAGAGACUCUGCGCGUCCGUCCGCGUGUGGGAAGCCGUCGAGUCCGAGCUGAGCGACGCCUCGGAUUACACUCUCGCCGGAUGCUGGGACACCCUCCGAGUCUCCUUGGACGAGAUCUCCGACCGUGUCUCCUCGCACGCAGAACACCGUGCCAACGCCCAGCGCACCAGCUGCAGCCCCCCCGGCGCCGAGAAGAACUUAGUAGACCCGGACGCCGCGCAGAUCGAAGCCGACCGGGCGAGCGCCACCGAGAUCGUCGCCUACGCGCGCAGCGAGCUGGAGCUGAUCAGCGCGGUCCGCGUCGCGGAGGCGUCGUGGCCGACUUGCCCGGAGAUGGCCGCGAUAUUCGAGCCUGAAGACGAGGAGUUGAUGCGCCGCAUUCUUGCCCGAGCGUCGGCGCUCCUCGAGCGCAUCAACGUUCUCCACGGAAGCGGACUCGCUGUGGCUGAAGAGAAACCAGUCAAGUCCAAUUCGGCUUAGCCGGUGCGACACGGUAUCAUGCCGGAUCUCAUAUUCUGUAUCUUGAGUAAAGCGCGUGUGAAAAUUACAAGUCUUUUGCAACGCCCGAGGCAGGCAGUGAUGAAAUACGAAUCAAGAAUUGGAUUGCUGCUGGCUUAAAAACCACG